UCCGACUUGGCUAGGUAGUUAGAGUAACCUAAGUCGUCGUCAACUGCGAUUAAAACCGGAUUAUGAUGGUCCGGCGUGUUCAUGUUCGAAGUGAUCAACAUACACUAACCAUGAAGUCAGCAUGGAAAGCUAUGAUCGUCGAUGCAAGGUUAAGAAAGAAGUAAUGGUAUUGUGGCAGUUAUCUGCUGCGCACAGGGGCUCUUAGGAAUCAAUGAGCAUAUAAGGGAGUUGGCUCGACCUCGAUUUCAGUCCAGAAUUAUUUCCAUCCGUACUGAUUCAGACCCAACAACUACUACUAUCAAAACCUGCUGCUGCUCUCAUUCGUUUGUUAAAGAAGCCAUAUUCGGGAACCGGCAUACCUAUUAUUCACCCAUAUUAGAAGACAAGUUGGACAUCAACUCAUCAACUAUGCGGUCAUUCGUUACUCUCUUAGCAGCAGCAGCCUCGUUGCAGGGCGGCUCAGCGGCUCCGUUUGGCAACCAGCAACAACCUCCUACUACCAUAUCCCACGGCGGAUUUCCGCAUCCGACGGGCGAUUUCCCCCGUCCACCCGGUUUCUUGCAUCCCUCCGGCGAUUGGCAUCACCAUGAUGGUUAUGCUAGCCCCACUGGCAAAUUCCCUUGGCAGUUUGGCUCACCGCAUCCCACCCCUCGCGUAAAGAGACAGAAUGAAGGUCAAGAAAGCGACCAUAAAGAGCCAUGGGGUUUUCCUCACCCAACUGGCCACUAUCAUCACCACCCGAGUGGCGGCUUUCCUCACCCAACCGGACGUCCUGAAACCAGCAAUAUUUUUCUAAGGCGGGAUGCGGACCACGUACACCCUCCCCCGGAUGGUUUUGCCCAUCCCAGCGGUCGCCACCCUCACCCAACUGGCGGGUUCCCACAACCUACUGGUGGACCCAACCAUCACCACCAUCCCCCAGGUGAUAAACAGGACCACGGUGACGGAAACUGGCAGGGCAACCAUGAGAAGCGAGACGAGGGGUUCCACAGACCCGCUAGCAUCUCCUGGCCUAGCGGUAUUACCAGCCAUCUCCACCCCCACCCUACUACCGGCGCCCAACCCGGGCACCACGUGCAGCAACCCGAAGGGGAACCGAAGCGCGAGCGCGAGAUACUACAAGAGAUUCCGCGCGUGGUCCAGGAUGCCAACUAAGAGGCAUGACGGAUGAAGCUAUCUAGUUAUUACAGCAUAAUGAAUCCGACCGACUGUACGAUACUGUAAGACUGGUACGAUAAUGAUUAGAUGAGGUAAUGGAAGGACUUGGAACACUUAGAUCUUUAUAGACUGUUUGGUGAGAUAGACUGGCUGGAUAGACUAGCUGGAUUCUGGGGACUGGGUACCUACCUACGAAUGGAUCACGUAGGGGUAAGAUGUCACCUUACUAGAUAAAGGUGAUACUUGACAAUGAAAAUUUUCAUAUCCAUACCUAUACA